AUGGCCGCAGGCGGCCGGGCGCCAGAGCCGCGGAUCCUCCUGUGCCUCGGGGCGCUCCUGGCCCGCUGGGUCGCGGCAGAAUUGGAGGCAGUCGUCAUCGGAGAAGCCCAUGAGGACAUUACUCUGCAGUGUGGCAACGUCUCGGGGUCCAGGGGCCUGGUGACUUGGUACCGGAGUGAGCUGGAGCCUGUUCUCCUCGUGUCCUCAGACUCUCGCCUGCAGCCCGCCAGCCCACGCUUCUCUCUGCGGAACGGCAGCUCCCUGCACAUCGAGAGCCUGAGCCUGCAGGAGGAAGGCAACUACACCUGCCAGGAGGUCCUUAACGAGACUCGCUGGUUCCGAGUGUGCCUGCAGGUGGCCAGUGGCCCCUAUCAGAUUGAACUCAACAUCUCUGCCACCGGCAAGCUCCCCAAUGGCACUGUCUAUGCGGCCAGGGGCACCCAAGUAGACUUUAGCUGCAGCAGCAGUGCCUGGCCUUCACCCAUGGUUGAGUGGUGGUUCCAGGCCCCGGAUUACAAGAUGGAGUCCUUUGGAAACAACCUGACAGCCAGCUGCUUCGCACUGUUACAGAUAUCACAGAACCUCCAAGGGAACUACUCCUGCUCGGCCACAAACACGCUCAGCGGGAGACAUCACCAAGUGACCACCGAGCUCCUGGUCUACUACGCCCCUCCAUCCGUCCCUCAGUGCUGGGCAGAGAUGUCAUCAGAAUUGGUCAUGCUGCAGCUCACCUGUCGCUGGGAUGGGGGAUACCCAGACCCAAACUUCCUGUGGACAGAAGAGCCAGGAGGUGUGAUCGUGGGGAAGUCCAAUCUGGGGGUAGAAAUGCUGAACCGGUCCCAGUUGUCGGAUGGCAAGAAGUUCAAGUGUGCUGGGAGCCACGUCGUGGGGUUGGAGUCGGGAGCCAGCUGCAUGGUUCAGAUCAGGAGACCCUCCCUUCUCUCUAAUCCCAUGAAGACUUGCUUUGUUGGGGGCAACGUGUCACUCACCUGCCAAGUGUCUGGGGCCUACCCCCCUGCCAAGGUCCUGUGGUUGAGGAACCUCACCAAGCCUGAGGUAGUCAUCCAGCCCAGCGAACACUAUCUUAUCAGCCAGCACGACCAGAGCUCCACCCUCACCAUCCGCAAUUGCUCCCGGCACCUGGAUGAUGGUUACUAUGUUUGCAGGGCUGAGAACCCUGUUGGCGUGAGGGAGGUGGAGAUCUGGCUCAGUGUGAAAGAACCUUUAAAUAGUGGAGGAAUUGUGGGAACCAUUGUGAGCCUCCUUCUGAUAGGACUGGCCAUAAUCUCAGGACUUAUAUUGUAUUACAGCCCUGUGUUCUGCUGGAAAGUAGGACGCACUUUCAGGGGGCAAGACAUGGGUGAUGUGAUGGUUUUGGUGGAUUCAGAAGAGGAGGAAGAAGAGGAGGAAGAGGAAGAUGCUGCAGAAGAAGAGGAGGAAGAAAGUGAGAGGGAGGAGUUGCCAAAAGAAAUAGGCAAGCAUGGCCACAUCCAUCAAGUGACUGCGCUGGUGAACGGGAACGUAGAACAGAUGGGAAAUGGGCUCCAGGCUCUGCAAGAUGACAGCAGUGAGCUGCAAAGUGACAUUGUUCAAGAAGACAAUGGGCCAGUUUGA